GUCAUCGCCAUUGCUAUCGAUAUCGCCGGCUUGGAAAAUAAACAGAUUUUAAACCAAGAUUUUAUCAGCGGGAAAGCAAUGAACUGGGCCCCUGGACUCUGUCUGCUGGCCAUGGCCGUGAUGGGCGGUGCAUCGGCCUCCAUGGACACCGCCUUCCUCACCCCCGGCAGCGUCAUCAAUGUGACGGCAAACGAGUUGGGAACGCAGACUUUGCGCAUCUAUUGCUACGCCGGCAAGCGGCACUCGGUGCUCGAUCUCUUCGAGACUCUGGAGCUCCGGCUGGCCAUCGGCGGCGAGGACUAUGCCCAGUACGGCGGGCGGUCGCCGGAGGAGGUGCGCGAGCACUACGACGAGCAGCGCUCCCUGUUCAGCAUCACGCUCUUCUCGCAGAAGCGCCAGCGCCUCCAGCUUUCGCCCUUCGAGCAGCAGUGCAUCGGGAUCUCGUCCAGGCAGCAGUACAGCGUCAUCCUGAACACCAUACCGCUGGAUCUGUGGCGGCUGGCGCAGCUCUCGCUGGGAUUCCUCAUCUUCUGGAGCGCCCGGCGGCUGGCGAAGAACAGCGGUUUCUACUAUCUCGCGGGGAUUGUCGUGGGGAUUUGCGCCUCCCUGCUGGUGGUCAUCUAUCUGGCCGCCAAGCUCUUCCCGCGCCGUCCCAUGAUGUACGGCGUGCUGAUCGGCGGCUGGACGAUUGGUUUCUAUGUGCUGAAGCAGUUGGCUGACAACCUAAGACUAAUCCUGCUCACCUACCGCGACCAUGUGGUGUGGUACCUGGUGGUCACCGGGCUGAUCUCCUUCCUGAUUUGCUAUCGCAUUGGGCCGCCCAGGAAUCCGCGCUCCCAGAACAUCAUCAUGUGGGUGCUGCAGGCGAUGGGCCUGGUGAUGGUCUACUUCAGCAGCUGGCAUACGAGCGCCUUGGUCUUCCUGAUGGCCCUGGCCUUUGUGGCCCACUACUUUCCCCGCUCGUGGAUGCACUACGUCAAGGCGAUGUACCGUCGCCGCUUCCCGCCGAAGAGGCAGCUGCUCACCCAGGAGGAGUACCACCGACAGACGGCCAUUGAGACCUCGAAAUCGCUGUCGGAGCUGAGGAAAUAUGUGAAUAGUCCCGAGUGCAAGCAGUGGACGGUGAUCAGCAAUCUGAGGAAUCCCAUGCGCUUCGCCUCGUUCGCCAAUGGGGCACCGCAUCUGGACGACGAGGAGAUCGAGGACUAUUCAAGGGCCAUCGAGGAGGAGGCGGCGCCGCAGGAGGAUCCCGAGGAGUUCCUGCAGUGCAGCAUGUACUACCGUCCGUCGAAUCGUUCGCGCCACCGGGUGAAUAUACCGCUGCCGCCGCAGCUGCCGAAUUCCCAGUUCCGCCGGCGACUGGCCGCCCGCGAUGCGGAUGACGAGGAGAGCGAGGAUGAAUACCUGGAGCAGGAGCAGUAGCUAGCCAUCGGCUAAACCAAAAACUCAUUAGGCUAAGUUCAGACCAUUUCAAAACUCGUUUGUAUUUCGUUCUUUUCGUUUGUUAGUCUUCGUUUUCUUAUUUUUUUCAUUUAUUUUUGUUUUUUCCGUGUUCCUACUGGACUGAAACUCACUGUACUUAUUCAUUCGAGACCCAUUUUCCCUGUGACUGGUUAGGCAUUAAACGAAAUUCGUAAGUUUA